AAACGCUUAAGCAAGAGGAACAAGCGGAACACCCGUGUUCCUGAGUGUUGCUGAGAAGCUCGGUGCGCCUGGGCUCUCGUUGCUGCUGUUUGAUGCCUGCGUAGUUCAUCCCAGUUCAUCCCUACAUGCAGCAUCUCGUGGGUUUCCUCGCGGCUGCUGGUGCCUGUGCUUUGUUGGGCGCCUGGUGGCUUUGGACGGAGGUGCCUCAUGCAGACUAUGUUUUGUUGUCGGAGGAUGAGCGCCUGGCCCGCUUCAACGAACGUUGCUUUGCAGAGGUCACAGUCGGCUUUCCCGAAGAAGAGGAGGAGAUGCCCUCCGAGUGGGCCAUGCACAGCGCAGUGGUUGCUUUGCUUCACGGAGAAGUGAGCCCUGCGGAGCGGUGGCUGGAUGACCCACAUCCACCUGCCAGCUGGGACUGUCGCCCAGCUGAUCUACCACGACACUGGCGGAUCAAUCAGCGAAUGCAUUUCCAAGCCGUGGCCGCAGAUGGCACGUUGCUUGAGAGGUCCUUCGACCCCGACUUGGAUCCCUCCGCGCACGAUGACGAGGAGCCAUGGGCACAGCACAGUUGCGCGGCUCAGCAGCUGACGUCGGAAGGCUUCAAGCAGGCAGUGCUGAAUGGCCGGCACUUGGCAGCCCGCUAUGAGCAGGUCUUGAGCUCUGCAAGCCUCGAGGUCUUGAGCGUGGACAGCAAGCCAUCGCGCACCGCGGUGGUGGGUACCUUGUUGCCCUUACUGCCAGACGUGGAAGGGACAGUCUCCAUCCACAUGGUCCCAAUGGCCCCAGAAUUGGCUUCAGUGACAGCCACAGAUGAUUUGCUGGCCAGGUGGUGUCAUGUGGGCACCCUCCCUUGCACUCGUGAUGCUUGCAUGACCCCGGCGGCUGCCACUGAAGCCAUCCAACGAGCAGACUCAGAGAUUUGCAAAGACUCCGGCGAGUCUUUGGGAUGGUUACAGCUGGCCAGGAAGAAUAGGCACUUUGCGCUCGUGAGCCUGGAUGUGGUCCGGCUCACGCGACUGAUGGCACGCCUGGGCCUCACCUGCCGAGAAGUGACCCGAGAGACUCCGCUGCAGCGUCCAGCCCGUGGCUCCAUGCUGCAGAUGGAGCGCUGGGCCAGGCAUGAAGAGGUCCGCUGGCGAAUCCUUUGGAAUGGCCUGGACGUGAGCGUGCUGGUGUGCGGGGAUGUUGGAGAUCCGUCCAGUCCAAGGGGAUGUGAGGAAUCGUUGAUUCUGCGGAUGCUCGAUGCCAAUCGGACAGGCGCUUGGGGAGCUGUGCGAGGAGCUGAUCCGAGCGGCGGAUCCCCGCCACGAGGAACAGUCACUGAACCUGAAGGCACAGGGCAAGGACACCAAGGACAGGGCGAUUCGAGGGAUGAUCUGGAUCCAACUGGCGCAACGGAGGAGGUCUCCUACCAACGCCGCGGGGACCGUGAACGUGCACGGGCAGCAGAGUAUUUGAGGGAGCAAGCUGUCGAGGAGGAACGCCAGCGUGAGGUGGAGCGAACCCGCGAGCGCGAAGCCCUCGAGUUCAAGCGCUGGCCAAGUGUGUCCGCAAAGGAGGUCGUGGUGCCAGCGCAAGAGAAGGCGGCCUCAGAUUCAGAGGAUGAAGAGGACGAGGUCUCACGUGCCCACCGCGAAAGCACCCAACGACGCCUUCGUGAGCUGGGCCAGCCUGCCACCUUCUUUGCCGAGACGGAUGCUGAACGCUGGGACAGGCUGCAGAGAUGCGAACUGAAUCGUGACCAGGAUGUCUUGGCGGAUGGCUCCACAAACGUCAUGCAAAUUCUGGACCGACGCCAGCAGCGUGAGCGAGAGGCUGCUGGUGGCAUCCGUGGUACUGACAUUGUGGAUGCCGAGGACGCCGAAUUCGCCGCGCUGGAAGGGACCGUCUCGCGCCACGAGCCCAUCGAACAGGAUAGCGCAUCUGAAGAAGAAGGAGGCCCACGGCUGGCCGCAGUGCUUGGGAAGGACACGGAGCGUGACAAAGAGGCAGAGGAGGCCCAGAAGAAGUUGGAUGAAGCCUCACAUGAGGUGACAUCGUGGAUCCGUAGCAUGUUGCCGCUUUUGGCGGCCUCAGUUCAUCUCAGUUCACAACAAGAAUCGGGUGGUCUUGGCAGAGCAUACGGAGGGCCCUUGGGGCUGUCCGCGAAAAAGACAGGCUACCGCCUGCAGCUGCUGACCCGGGACCACGUGCAGGGAAGAACAGCAGCGGUUGGAAUUGUGUAUGCGGCCAUGUGUAGUGUGAGUAGUGUGAGCCAAGAAUGACGGCAAGGGCGGCGAUGGGAAGCUGGGAAAGGCCGGCUCCGGGACGCGCAAUGCAGGCCCACAAGACAAUGCAUAAGGCCCUGCGGCGGUGUGCAGCUGACCUUUGAAUCGCGAGCUCAGAAGCAAUGUGGUGCAACAACAGGAAUGCAGCAGGGUACCAGAAAUAUGGGACUCAAUAAGGCCUCGUGACUCGUGUUGAGCAAUGGCAGUGGCACCUUUUCUGUGCAGCCGUUGUAGUCACUAUAGUGUUGAACUGAGCAGCUGCUGCAGGUGUUUUUUGGCUGCUAAGCUAUGUUUGGGGAUCAGAGAGGGCACGUCAAGUGUCUUGGUAGUGUAAGUUCUGUUGUGACACCUGUUUGAGUAACGUUGGAGCUGUAAGCAAGGUUGAAGGGGCAAAGAGAAAAAGACUCUGUCCGUGGGGAGAAGUGCAAGGCUUUGCCCAUGGGGACGCGUGAAGUAUAUGUACAGAAGAAAUGCUAGAGCAGCGGCGACGUACCCGCAGGAAGAGGGCUGUGCCCAUAUAAAGACUGCUGGCCGCAAUAGCCUCUCACACGUGGGGCAGGAGGUUCUUAACAUCUGCCAAUUUGCGCCUGACUCACAUUGCAGACCCUUCUCGGUUGUGCAACUUCAGCAAGCCCUACAUAGACGUGAGGGAAUACUUUAAAAAGACAAACAAAAACCAGAGUCCCUCCUUGAGUAUGCAAAUUAAUCGUUCGGUGAUCAUUUAUAAGAUUUUAUAAGCAGAUCACAGAGGUGUGCCCCUCAAACAUUUGGAACAAAUAAUCAAGGUUCCUUCACAGCCAAGGGGCCUUGAUGCUGGACAGUGAUGGGAACUUUGAGUGAGGGGAAAGCUAUUGAUGUAUGUAACUACCAAUGAGUUUCUUAUAUAGAUCAUCGGAUCACGACAGGUCAAUGAAAGCAGACCUCAGACCUGGGGAUAGGUGCUGAAAAAAUCCGCGCAGCCGUGAGCAUUAUAUAUUGAAUAUUGACCAAAAAGUGGCUGACAUCUCAUGUAUUUUGGAUUGGAUCCCUGCAUAGGCUCCAUAAAUUGCAAAAUUGACCACGCCAGACCCCACUCAUCCUACGCACGCUUCCACGUGACUGAGUGCGGGUCGGCGGAUACAUCCUACGCAAAUAACGCACGCCUCCACAUAACUGAGUGGGGUC